GAAACGAAAAUGGCGGAUGCGCGGUUGUUUUGAAGUGAGAGACCUGCCGAAAUUACAUUUUUUUCUUCUGCAUUAAGUAAGUGCACACCGGAUUGUGUUUUUGUCGUCAUUGAAGAAUCUUAUUGGAAAAAGAUAUCUUUUUUAUGAUGGAUGAGCCUGAGUCAAGGUUCAGCCAUCUUCUUCAGCCCAUUCGGGACCUGACUAAGAAUUGGGAAGUUGAUGUUGCUGCUCAGUUGGGAGAGUAUCUAGAUGAGUUGGAUCAGAUCUGUAUUUCAUUUGAUGGUGGAAAAACCACAAUGAAUUUUGCAGAGGCAGCUCUUCUUAUUCAAGGAUCAGCAUGUAUUUACAGCAAAAAGGUGGAAUACCUUUACUCAAUGGUUUACCAAGCACUGGAUUGCAUCUCCAAUAAAAAGAGAAACCAACAGCCUACUUCCAUAGGACAGGAUGGUGUUGACAAUGAUGCCAGUUUUGUGAACAGAAAUGAAGAGGAAGAGUUUCUUUCUCUCGAUGAUAUUUGUAAUAAAAUCAAAGGAAACGUGGAUAUGAAGAAUGAUAGGUCCACUAAUGCUGUAGAGAUUGUUCCUUUAACACCUAUGGCUUUAGUGCCACCAGAAGAGCAAGAAAAAAAAAAUAAUCCACUUUACAGCCGAAAAGGAGAAAUUCUGGCAAGUUGUAAAGAUUUCCGCAUGAAUACGUACACACCACAUGUAAAUGGAGCUUAUGUAUUGGAGCUGGCAGGGCUAUCUCCAACACAGCUUAUGCUAAGAGACCUUCAUUUUAACAACUUAAACUGUUCAGUGUUGAAUGCUGUUCCAAUGGAAGAGGUUGCAAACCCACACAUUGAUUCUAGCAGCCAUGACUGCCCCUUGCCCGUUCUUGAUCUUUCAGCUGCCAGUGGUAAUGAUAAUGGUCUGAAUGAUACAGCUGUGGACAGGUCUUUCCUACCACUUGCACAAGAUGUUGAAAUGAACAUGGAUACAUCUCCACAAGAGCAUAUUGAAACUCAAAAGGUGCAGACUACUCGUGACAGGUACUUGCUGCGAGAGCAGCCUCUUGUGCUAAACAAAGAAAAGAUAGAAAAAGUACAGGAAGUUAUAGAUCCCUGGAAAAGUCUUGAUCCUUUCACUUCUUCUGAAGAUAAACCGUUUAGAAAUGGAAAGUAUUUUACUAUACCUAAAAACAUUGAAGAAACUGCAGGAGGCAAGAGAAAAAGGAAAGCACCAACCAAAUUUCAAGACUUCAGAAAGUUUUUUUCUGGGACAUUUUGUGAAGUAUCUGAUAUUAGAAAAAACAAGAAGAAUGGACCUACUUUUGCAGAUAUGGAAAUUUUAUACUGGAAGCAUAUGAAAGAGAGGUUCAAGGGAAAAAAGAGAAUGGGAAUUUUAUUUUCAAAUGAGAAUGGUGGUGUGGAGAAUAAUUUUGACAAUGAACAUGAGAAUGAUAUUGAAGCAUUACGUCAUGGUGAUUAUCCUGAUGUUGAAGAAGAUUCAUUUUCCAAUCAUGAAGAUGAAGAUGCAAAUGAUCCUAUGAGCAUAGUUCAUGAGCAAGAAAUAUUAUCAGACGAAAUAAGAGAAGAAAGGCUUAGUUAUGAAGAUCUGGUACAGAGAAAUGUGGAAUUGUUUAUUGCCAACUCUCAAAAGUAUGCACAGGAGACAGCUUUGUCCGUCAGAAUUAAAGAAUGGGAAGAUCAAAUGAGGCCACUUUUAACAGAACAGGAGGAAAGAAUACCAUUUGAUAUCCACGAUUAUGGAAAUAAGAUUGUGGAUGCUUUUAACCAUGUGGGUGAAAGAAAAUUAUUUGCUUCUAUUGUCCGUGACAAAGAAGCAUUUGAGGUGUGUCGCUACAUGUUGGCAUCUCUGCAGCUGGCAAAUGACUACACCGUGCAAAUAGAUCAAAAGCCAGGGCUUCAUGAAGCACUCGAUACAAUGGGACUUAAGUUACUCAGCCAGCAACGUGCACAUGAAAGAUUUAAAACAUACACUGCUCCUUCCCUUUCUGAUAAUUAAAUAUUACUCUGCCUCCCCGUAUUCAUGUUUCUGAAUGAUAACUGAAAAUAGAUUAUCCUAUGUGUGGUGCUGAGGAACAAAUGACCGUAAAACGUUGGGGGGAAAAAAAAGUAAUGUUCUUUCAAAAAUAUACUGUAAAGACAUUUUUACCAGUGUACAGAAUCAGUUCAUUUAGUGUUUUGAGAUUUGUUUUUAAUAAUAACAAAUAUACUGAAUCCUUAAUAACAUUGUUGCCACCCUGAUAACUGAUUCAAUUAUUGUGCCCUUCUUUAUAUGUUUUAUUGGCUGUGUGUAUUGUAUACACAUAGAUACUCAAGAUUUAGCAGUUGAAAUGUUAAGGAAUUUUCCUUACAGACACCCAGUGGGAGAAACACCAUUUGUGUGCACUAUCUUACAAAGCUACACUUCCAAGAACAUGUAAUGGGCACAAGUCAGGAACUAAAAUCCAUAAUGCUGCAUCAUGCUGCCUGCCAGGAAGACUUUCUGGCGCAUCUAUUUUUUAUAUUUAAUACUUGUAGAUUAAUUUAUGUGCACAUUUCUUGAACAUUUAAGAGAUUGUUCGGGAAAGAAUAUUAAGGUUUGUCCUCCUUGUUAUUUUCUACUUAACAAAAGUUGAGGUUUUAUUGUAUUUUAUCUUGGUAAAAUGCCUCAUGUCACUGUUAAUAUUUUAUUUGUACUGCAUAUCAAAAAUUAUUUUACUAUGUUUGUAAAUAUUUUUAUUAAAAGAGCAGUACCAACAAGAUAGUUAAUCUUGAAUUUACUUAACAGUAAUGACUCAUACAUAUGUUAUUUUAAUACUUGGGCUUCAACAUUGUCAGCACGUUCUUAUUAUCAUUUUUGAAAUUCUAAGGUUGUAGGUUUAUACUGUCUUUUGUUUGUUAUUUGUAUGUCAAGGCACAACAGUGUCUUGUAUUAGUUACAGGUUCAGGCAUAGUUUUCACCAUAUAAUGUGCCCUUUAAAAUAGACUGGUAGGUAUUGUUAGUCAUGCAUUCAUUUGUUUAUGAUCAUUCUUCAUACUUGGAAAAGGCCCAACCCUGGUCACUCACACACACCCAGUCACGUUUGGGCCUCCAAACAUUUCAAGUGUGCAAACUGGAAAAACAUCUGCAUAGGGAGAGCAUCUGAUAACAUAACUGGAAGUGGACAGUUAUUAAAGCAUAUAAACAUUUAAAUCCAGGAAAAUGUUUACACUCCUACUGCUCAAACUGCUUCCUUUUACUACAUUUACAAUGCCUUUUAUUGAAAAUUUAUAAAAUUAAUAAAUGACAAUGUGUAAUAAAAAAUGUAGCAGGAUGUUAACUUCUGCUUCACACAAAUAGAA